AUGGCCACUCCGACUCCACUAACACCGCCCCCCUCCGAAGCUGGCAGCAGCGGUAGCGACUCUCACACAAUUCUCGUGUACGAUCCCGAAGAGAUCAAACUUCUGGAACAUGUCAAAUCUAUCCCGCUCACGAUGGUCGAGGCUAUGAACAACAAGGAAUGGGACCGGGCGGAGCUUGUGUUGCAGUUGACGGAGAAUUCCAAGAAGAAUCCGGGCUGGAGAUGUGAGGCGGUGGAUGUUAUGCCGCAUGUUGCGAGGAGAGGUGGCAAGGGUCAGAUUACGAAUAUCGAAGUUUUGAUUAAUGCGAAGCAUUAUCAUACGCCGGAUCGGAUUGUGAGGAGUAUGUGUUUGACGCUGGUGUUUGCGAGUUAUUGGAACGCGGAGAAGGGUGGGUAUGAUUGGUUGUGUACGAAGCAGAAGAUUGUGCCCGGGAUGGAUUGA